AUUACCACUUAUUACCAUCUCACACUACCCCACCCACCCUAUCGCCCAGAAUGAGGAUCUCCCCCGUCUCAAUCAGCUUCAUCAUCCUCGCUGCCAUGGGUGUGGCUGCUACCCCGCUCAACCAUGCCGAGUCAGUCGGCGUGCGAAGCGAGAACAACGUUCAGGUCAAAUACGAUGGACAAUGCCGGAAGAGUGAAAAUCAAUGCCGGUACACCGCGCAAAGUGGAAGGACUGCUAUCUGCAAGUGCCAAUUCCGAAAGUGCAGUAAGGACGGCGCCAAGUGCAAUUUCGACUCCUACAAUAGGGAUUGCAACUGCUACUAG